AUGUCAUACUUAUCAACCAAAAAAAACUUCAUCCUUGAUGUCUUAGAUUUAGAAAUACCCAAAUUUUUACAAAUUAAUUUCCAUUUAUCCAAAACUCAGAUAUGUAUAGUAACAGAAAUUAUAAUCACAAAUAUUAAUGAAGACGCGUAUACAAUAAUUGAACAAGUUGAAUUAGAAACUGGUCUUUUCUUAGGGAAAGAUAUCAUAUUUGAAAUUUUUAAAAGAUAUAAAGAGUUAGAGGUAUCAUUUAAUUAUUUAAAAUCACCAUUUGAUAAAGUUUGUCAAUUUGGAGAAAUAAAAAAUUGUCCAGAUAUAACAUGUACUUUAUGGCAUCCAACAAAUUCAAAACUUACUACUAUUCCAGAACAAAGGACUUCAACAUUAUCUUAUGCUGAUGAUACAAGUUUACCUACAAAAUUUCCUGAAUUUUUAAGACAAUGUUUAAUGAAUACGUGUAAUGAUUCAAAUUGUAUCAAAAGACAUCCAAGUUCAAGUUUUUUAUGCAGAAAUGGAGCAACUUGUCCUAAGUUGAAUUGUAUUUAUUAUCAUGAUUUUUUCCAAAUUUGUAAAUUUGGUGAAUAUUGCAAGUAUGAUGAUUGUCCUUUUAGUCAUGAUAAUCAACAUCAAUCACCAAAAUGUUUUAAUUAUGUUAUUCAGAAAUUUAUUGGGUAUAAUAAUGCUGGUUUUGAUAGUGAUGCUGAAAGCACUCUGGAUCCUCAUGAAAGGUUGGAAAUGGACUCAAGACUUGCUUAUAGAUUACCUUACUAG